ACCACCAGCCGGUAUCGGUCAGACAAACCCAUAGUACAUUUGACACCUGUAAACUUCAAGCUGUUCUAUAAGUUCCUUACCGUCCAUUGAUGAACCUACUCAUCUGGUAGGUUAUGAUGUUAGUUGUUGGAUAUGUUCUUUCCUCCGCGAUCACGAAAUCAAAACGGCCAGCCCUGUUGAAAUUGGCGUUUGGGGCAAACGGAGAAAAAGGGAAAAAAAAAAAAAAAAAAAAAAAAGAAAGGCGUGGGUCCCGGACAAGCGGCAAACCCAAUACACACGCAAAACCAGCAAAAACAGAGAAAAACUCUGCUGACCACACCGGGUCUUCUCCGCGGACAAUCUUGGUCUUUAUUCGACGCCUGCCAUGCGGUGCGCGAUGCGAUGCAACUUGUUCUCCAAGACUCCAACCAACGAGGAUGAUAUCCGCCCUCGAGGGGGGCCCUCCUCGCUCAACUCUUCUACCAUACUUGUGGAGAAGAGAACGGUUGCGCCGUAUUACCGCUGUACGGUGCAGGUGGAAGAAACUGGUCGGUGUCUGCCUGUCAGCUUGGUUCCAUGCGACAUCCAUCAUCCCUUUCCAAUUCCCCGUUCAGUUUGCAGUGUCCACCCGUUGUCUGUAUGGGGUAAAACCACAUUGUCGAGCCACUGAUUCUGGGUAUCCCCUUGAAUGGUUUAACCUGACCGGGCUGGACCAAGCGGAUCCUCGACUGGGGCUUCAUCUCGUUGGAGUGGAUCGGGUGCCGUCGAGACCAGCUGGGUGAACAUGAAAUAGAAAAGAGUACACAUGAAAGUCAAGUACGUUGUAGCUGUAACAGGAGGGAGACAGUCGGAUGGGAAAUACAAUCAAAGAGACUAUACUCCGUAAGCAACGUCAUCGUAUCCUGUAUGGAUAUCGGAUCUCGAGCGUUCACCGGGGAGCUAUGGAGAGGAGAAAGGAACCACCCCGAGGGACGUCAUCUCC